AUGGAGGCGCCGGCUCACCAGUUCACCGUAGAAGCUACGAGACGCGAGGAUCCCCACGAGGAACCUCGACGUCAGCAAUGGAGGGCGGGAGCGGAAAGGGAACACCCCAGCAGGAGACAGAGAGUCAGAAAGUCAUUUUUAUUAGUUUUGGUUUUCUCAGCUACUGUCUUCGCCAUCUUGCGCAGGGCCCUGUCUCUGAGCUUCAGGAAAGGCUCAGAUGUACCUCAAGCCCCUGGGACCGGAGGAGAUAUCAUGUAUGGGGAGGAUGGCAUGCCCUUUCAUUACAUAAACAGCGAGGAUCUUUUCCCAAAUACCCAACACCCGCAAACGCGCAUGUUGCUUGUGGAGGUGUUGCGUUUUGCCUGGGAAUCCCAGCGGGCUUCUAAGGGCUUCAGCGCCCGUUUCCUUGCCACAGAUGAAAAUGGGGUACAGUUGCAAGUGGAUGCGCGGCUGCAGGAGGAGGGGGAAGACUGGCAUAUCGAUGACGCCACUGCAAUGCUCGCAGGGUACCUCGAGUCAGCCGUCGACGGGUGUGUCAGUGAAGCUCUAGAUGGCGGUGGUGCUUCUUCAGAGAGAGUAUUCAGCAUUUUUUCUGUGGUAGGCAGUGGCCGGAUUGAUUUUACUAUCCAAGCCACCGCCACUCGAGGGAGGGGAGGCGCACAAGCUGAGCACGUGAAGCAACGCAAAAGAGCGGGGACGGGGAUAAGAACAGCAGUGAUUAUCCGCCCACCCAACACUGAGUAG